AUGAUUAAAUUAACCCUAUCAUUAACUCUGCUUGCCGGAUGUUGUUUAGGCCAGACUAUUGGCAUGGAGAGAAGCCUUGUUGUUUCUUCAAGCCAGUCAGAUUGAAAGACUUGUGUCAAUAAUGGCUCUCAGAGGUGGUGAGCUCCUGUUGGAAUUACUCAGGCUAAUGGAGAGUGCUGAAACUCUGGAGAUACCUCUGGCUAUUGCGCAAGCAGUAGUAGCUAUGCUUGUUCUGGGGCCACCAACAUCCAGGGUACUGCAGGGCUGAUACUUUGCCCAGAGGUUACUGCAAAGUGUGGGGAGACGAACCACGCACUUCCGAAUACUUAUCAGUAUUGGUCAAUAGUGGUAAGUUCUCUGCCUUCUGAUGCAGUAUGAGCUGAAAGGUUUUAUACUUCUACAAGCUCUAUUGACCAAGCCAAGAUCGCAAUGAACAGCAUAUCUGGGGCGAUUGCAACAGUUUAUAAAGCACCGAGAGGAGAAGCAAACUAUACCUUGAUAGGUACACUGAAUGCAGGCUAUAUAGCUACAGUCUCCUUCAGUCCCUCAGUUGACGUUUAUGUAGUGAUCAACCCGUACUCUUCCACUAUUAGAUAUAAUAUAACUGCUAUUGGCGCAAUUGCUCCUGUCCCCAGUAAUUCUUCAAGCUCGUCUGGCUCCAGUGGGGGUGAUGAGAUCAGCAAAGAGUCAAAGACAGAUUUGACUGCCUUAUGGAUUGUCUUAGGUGUUGUUGGAGGACUAGCUUUCAUUGCUAUAGGUAUUGUCACCUUCAUUUGUAUCUGGAAGAAAAGCAAAGGAGGUGUUCACAUUCCUCCUCCCAAACCAUCCGAAAUCCCUCACCCAUCCCUACCCAAACCCAACCUAAACACCACUUCUGCCAAAAUGACCCAUAUCGGCAGUACCUUCCAAAUAGCCCAUCCUACAAAACACCCAGAACCAUAAACCAGAGGCUAAGCC